UGAGUAGUCAAAACAAUCCCUCUCCUCUUUUUCCUUCCUUUUUCAUAGUCCAUAAAGUGAAAGCCAACAGAUAAAGCCACCAUACAAACACUCUAAAAACAUUCUUUCUAUAUCAAAUAAAAACAGCAGCUGCACACAAACUGAAGGAGGUCAAAUUCUCUUUUCUCUUUGAGAAUUCCUUUCUGUUUUUUCUCCUCACUUUGGUUUCAUCUUCUCAAAUUAAUGGAUGCUGCUAAAUGGUCACAGGAUUUUGGUUUGGUUAAGCCCAUGGAAGAGAUGCUUCCUAAUACAUGCACAAGGGGACCAAUGUUAGAGAGAAAAACAAGGCCACCAGAGCAAUUGAAUUGCCCAAGAUGUAACUCUACCAACACCAAGUUUUGUUAUUACAACAACUACAGCCUCACUCAACCAAGAUACUUCUGCAAGACUUGCAGAAGGUACUGGACUGAAGGUGGAUCUCUAAGGAAUGUUCCAGUCGGAGGUGGUUCAAGAAAGAACAGAAGAUCCAUAUUAUCAAGCUCUUCAUCUCCUUCUUCUUCUUCUUCUUCUUCAGCUUCAGCCAAAGUUCCUGCAGAUCUAAAGCCAACAAGUUUCUCACAUUUGUCUUCUCAAAACCCUAACACCCAUAAAGGCCAACAAGAUCUGAACCUGGGUUUCCCUCCUAUGCAACCGAGUCAUGGUCUAUCUCAGUAUAUACAAGUUGCUAAAGUUGAGAACAACGACCACCAGCAAAAGUACCCUUCAGCUUCAGCUUUGGGACUGCUCAGGACUGGAAUGGCAUCGAGAGGGUUGAAUUCUUUCGUUCCAGCACCAGAACCAGACUCAACUACACCUUACUCAACUGGUUUCUCCAUGCAAGACUAUAAACCAGCACUUACUUUUUCAAUUGACGGACUUGAAAAUAGGGCUGCCGGUAUUCAUGGUAUUCAAGAGAAUGGAGGAAGGGUUUUCUUUCCUUUUGGAGAAAUGAAACCCAUUUCAACAAACAUUACCAAUGAAGUUGAUCAAAAUAAGGACCAAGGCAAUUCAGCUGGAUAUUGGACUAAUGGAAUGUUUGGUGGAGGAGGAGGAUCAUGGUAAGGAAAGAAGAACCUAAAGGAGAUCAUCAUCCAACUGUUCUUUUUGUUUUCUUCACAUGGUUGAUUAUUAUUACUUGCUUAAAGUUAUUUAGAACUAACAGAUCAUAUAUAGAAUACAUAUAUAAUUAAUGGUUUUCUUUUCUUUCUUUUUUUAAAAUCUCCUACUCUUCUCUGAACAAUGUAAACAGAUUAGAGCUAUUUUGGGUUUGGUUUGAAGAGGCUGUCUUAAGCUUUUCGUGUGGUUAGAAGAAAAAAAAAAAAACAAAGUGAAUAAAGGGCUGUGAUUGAUUUUUUUGUCACAGUAAACAUGAUCUA